AGUCUCUUUGCUGACUGUGUGGAGCCUGCUUGGGGAUUCUGUCUCUCCCUCUCUCUGCCCCUCCCUCCUCAAAAUAAAUAAAUUAAACUCAAAAGGAAAAAGAAAAUUCAUGCUUCAGGUCAUAUCAUGAUUCUAAGAAACAGGACUCCAACUCGGGAAGUAGGAAGGUUGAGUUUUUACUUACUCCCUUUCUACACUGCUCCUUAAUUCUCUUAGCUCCUAGGAGGUGAUGGGAAUGGCCAGUUUCUUUAUCCUGAUGCAGAGAGUAGGUCCUUACUGAAUCAUCAUCUCUCUUUCUCUGUUAGCCUUGUCUGCUGGAUUCCUCUUUGCCUUAGGUCAUUUACAGAACUUGUAGAAGGAGGUUACAAAGUGUUUUCUUUGAAAGGCCUCAUGUGAUAAGCCAGUGUGCAAGGAGAGUACCUUGCUCCAGUUACUGAACGGAAACCAUCCCUACAGUGGAGCAGCCUCCUCCAGUUUCUGUUGGGUUUUGAGCUGCCUUUUAAAUAAGUCAGUGGAGUUGCUGAGGACACAGUAGCCCUAGGGGGAAAUCAGAUAAUUUCUUUUCUGGUAAGGGCUUUAAUCUGCAGAAUUGAUGAGACUAUCAUCAACGGAAUCCAUGACUUUAGUUCUGGACAUUACCUGGGCAGCUGACCUCCCGUGGCUAUUGGGUGAGGUAGAAAUCACAUAGAGGAGAAGAAGGCACUUGCAGAGCUCGGAAGGCUGGUUGGGUAGCUUGGGGCCAAGGGCAGCAGCUGCAGAGAAGACUUGUGAGUAUCGAAGUAGAAUUGGGCCAAGGAGACUCAUCACUGAGAGGAUAGGCUCUCUGGUCUCCAUGAGCCACAGCAGGAAGGCCCCCCUCCCACUGCCAGUGUUUCCUGCCUGUGGUGUUAUUCUGCCGUAAAAACUGAAGUUUUCUUGGCUUUUGUAUCCUUGGGGUGGGGCUGGGACUGGAAUUGGAGACAGAGCAUCUUAUGUCAUGCAGAGGGUAGCUGAGGUGUCCUGACAGAAGACAGGGACUCUCAUGCUACCAGGUUGGGUCUGGUGGCCUGUAACAUCAGCUCAGAGGAAGUAAGAAAAAGGAAUAUCUUUUGCUAAGACUCAGCACCAGGGAAGAUCUAGAUGUAGGAUCAACAUAUGAUGUACUCACUCCCCCAUUGGCCAUUCCUUGGUGAAGAGCAAUUGUUAGGAGGUGGGUCAUUGGUCUAGAGCAGGCGGGAUACCCUGAGAAUCCUCUGCUGUGGUGGGCGUGCCCACAGAGGCGUGGUUGUGGCAGCUUUGUGCAUGUCAGCUGUGUUCCACCCAAUGGUCUGUCUACAAAGAGAACUCCAAAAAACCCUGCUUUGGCUUGGAGCUGCCUGCCUUUCCCUCAGCCUUUUACUGUGGGUGGCCCCUUACUCUAGGAGUGCAUCAUUUUGGAUUUGCUGUGCGCCCAGUGGUGUAAUGUAAGUAGGACUUCUGCACGCUCAGAACCUCCAGACCCUACCCCAUGUAAUCUGGUUGGGGCAUUGGCACCACCCAUUCCCUUGAGAAGUGGAGUGACUUCCUAUGUCUCACAGCUGGUGACUGGCCCAGCUGGGCCUUAGGUCUUUGCCUUUAAGCUGGUGCUCUGGGCCUCCUCCCUGGUGGGGUAGGGAGGGACAGGACCAGAGUGGCUUCUCACAAUGGUAUGCUCUCCUAGGAGCCAUGCGGGGCCAGCGGAGCCUGCUGCUGGGCCCCGCCCGCCUCUGCCUGCGCCUGCUUCUGCUCCUGGGCUACAGGCGCCGCUGCCCACCUCUGCUCCGGGGCCUGGUACAGCGCUGGCGCUAUGGCAAGGUCUGCCUGCGCUCCCUGCUCUACAACUCCUUUGGUGGCAGUGACACCGCUGUCGAUGCUGCCUUUGAGCCUAUCUACUGGCUGGUGGACAACGUGAUCCGUUGGUGUGGGGUGGUGUUCGUGGUGUUGGUGAUCGUGCUGACCAGCUCCAUUGUGGCCAUCGCCUACCUGUGUGUCCUGCCUCUCAUCCUCCGAACAUACUCAGUGCCACGGCUCUGCUGGCACUUCUUCUACAGCCACUGGAAUCUGAUCCUCAUCGUCUUCCAUUACUACCAGGCCAUCACCACUCCACCUGGAUACCCACCCCAGGGUAGGAAUGAUAUCGCAACGGUCUCCAUCUGUAAGAAGUGUAUUUACCCCAAGCCAGCCCGAACACACCACUGCAGCAUCUGCAAUAGGUGUGUGCUGAAGAUGGAUCAUCACUGCCCCUGGCUAAACAACUGUGUAGGCCACUAUAACCAUCGGUACUUCUUCUCUUUCUGCUUUUUCAUGACUCUGGGCUGUGUCUACUGCAGCUACGGAAGUUGGGACCUUUUCCGGGAAGCUUAUGCUGCCAUUGAGAAAAUGAAACAGCUCGACAAGAACAAACUACAGGCGGUUGCCAACCAGACGUAUCACCAGACCCCACCACCCACCUUCUCCUUCCGAGAAAGGGUGACUCACAAGAGUCUUGUCUACCUCUGGUUCCUGUGCAGUUCUGUAGCACUUGCCUUGGGUGCCCUAACUGUAUGGCAUGCUGUUCUCAUCAGUCGAGGGGAGACUAGUAUCGAAAGGCACAUCAACAAGAAGGAGAGACGUCGGCUGCAGGCCAAGGGCAGAGUUUUCAGGAAUCAUUACAACUACGGCUGCUUGGACAACUGGAAGGUAUUCCUGGGUGUGGACACAGGAAGGCACUGGCUUACUCGGGUGCUGUUGCCUUCCAGUCACCUGCCCCAUGGGAAUGGAAUGACCUGGGACCCCCCUCCCUGGGUGACUGCUCACUCAGCCUCUGUGAUGGCAGUGUGAGCUGGAUUGUGUCUGUCACAACCUGUGUGCCACUCUGCUUCCUGCAUUGUCUCAAGGGCCUCCAAGGACAGCUUCUUGGAAUCCUUGGGCAAAAAGAAUCAGUGGGCCUGCCUUAGAGUACCAUGCAGGGACAACCCAAGGACCAAUCUGCUGGCCACUGCAGGAACCAGGCACGUUGUGGAGAAAUCCUAGGACUGAUGUCCCUUUACUCAGCUCAGGCAAACUGAAGUUCCAGCCCCAGACUGGAGAUUAGGCAGCUAGCAACCUUGCCGGGUGCUGACCCCGACCUCCUCCAGGUUCCAGCACUGGGGUUGGCCACCAUCUCUUCCACGUACUGUCUGAGAAAACACCUGAAUGGUAGAGCGGAGAUCCUGGCUCCUCAACAGGGCAAAGACACCAGGCCUACUGCUGAGGUCACUGCCACUUCUCACAUGCUGCUGAAGGUGAAAAAUAAAGUGUACCUGGCUGGGCACCCAAGACUGUGAGUGUACGGAUGCCAACAAGCUGAAGCUGGGCGCUGGGAUCUGUCAGAGCCAUGAACACCAGUGAGCACAGCUGGUCCUUAAAGCCAUUCAGCGGCCUUUCAUCUAGGA